AUGGUCCAGAAAUGUGAUUAUUUUAGAUUUUAUUUUAGAUUUUUAACUCAAAGUGGCUCCGAGGGGCGAAGCGCGGCGGCGGAAGUGACGCAGCAGGACGGUCUAAACACGGAAGCGUCUCGAGGCAGAGCGGCGCAGAUCGUGCAGAGACCAGAGCCGCCUCUCCACAGAGCUGACCUCACAGAGCCGGUGCUGUACAUGGAGGCCGCGGGCGGUUCGGACGCGGUUCUGCUUCUGGAGACGGUGAACUUCGCCGCAGAAAAACACCGGAACCAGCGACGCAAAGACCCGGAAGCCACGCCAUACGUCAACCACCCGAUCGGUGUUGCUCACAUCCUGAGUCAUGAGGCUGGAGUCACAGACAUUUGCGUCCUCCAGGCCGCCCUGCUCCACGACACGGUGGAGGACACGGACACGUCCCUGGCGGAGCUGGAGUCUCGAUUCGGCGCCGUCGUGUCCGGGAUCGUGGCUGAAGUGACGGACGACAAAACUCUGUCCAAAGCCGAGAGAAAACGCCUCCAGGUGGAGCACGCGCGCCACUGCAGCCCCCGAGCCAAACUCGUCAAACUCGCCGACAAACUCUACAACCUCCGAGACCUGCAGAGGACCGCUCCUGUGGGCUGGUCGGAGCAGCGCGUUCAGGAGUAUUUCGUGUGGGCUCGUGAUGUGGUGAAAGGUCUCAGAGGAACCAGCCCCAUCCUGGAGGAGAAACUGGACCAGAUGUUCACCCAACGAGGAGUCCACGAGUCAGACUGAGUGAGGAGUCCCCGAGGAGUCCCCGAGGAGUCCCCGAGGAGUCCCCGAGGAGUCCCCGAGGAGUCCACGAGG